AUGGCUUCCAAGGGUUCUUCGUUUGUGACUGUGAGAAGUGAAAUUAUUUCAUUAGAAUCAAAGACUGAUUCGCUGCUUUCAAAAUAUUCUACGUUUGCUCAGACCUCUAGUGCAGACCAAUCGACUGAAGAGAAGAAACUAGAUACCCAGAUCGAGACGUUAUUGGGCAAGACACAUGAUAUAAUAGCCAGUUUGGGAAAUAUUGUGGAUGAAAAUAAGAACAUUUCGACUUCCAAAAUAUCACAAUUACAACGUCAUAAGGAAGUUUACCAAGAACAUCAAAAAAAUUUCAGAAAUAUAAGAUCGUCAAUUCAACAAGAACGUAAUAGAUUGAAUCUUCUGUUCAGUGUUAAGAAUGAUAUAGAACAACAACGAAAUUUCGAUACAAAUGAAGAUGAAUAUAUUCAAAAUGAAGCAGCAAGAAUCGAUCAGUCUCAUAAUGUUGUGGAUGAUCUCAUUUCUCAAGCUUGGGAAACAAGAGACCAAAUCGUUUCACAAAGUCACUUAUUGAAUAAUACUAAUAAUAAAAUAAUGCAAACUUUACAAAGAAUACCAGGUCUAAAUGUAUUAAUUGGUAAGAUCAGCACUAGAAGGAGAAAAAAUGCUGUGAUUUUAGCUUCUGUGAUCACUUUUUGCUUCUUAUUCUUAUUCCUUACUUGGUAA